CUGUGAUCAUGGAAAACAGAGGCCUCUGGAAUGAAGUGUCUUGGCUUAAAGUCAGACUUUGCAUGUAUUUGAGUGUCUCCCGCCAUUUCCCUAAUGAAGUUAGUUCACAUUCACUGUUUUCACAAAGUGAGAUUUCACAUUUGCGUACAGAAGCUCCCUGUUUUCCAGUCCUCAAAAACUUUCCUGAAGUGGAGGCUGUUAGCCACUGUCAGCCAUGGCUCCCUCAAAAAAGGUGCCUGUUUAUUGUUGGAUUUCACUCGUUUUUCUCUCACUGGCAACUUCUUUCGAUGGAACGGAGGAAAGUGAACACCAGCUAUAUAAUCACGACAGCAUCUUCGACAGCAUCUAUGAUGGACUUGCCUAUGACUUUGUUCAGGAGCCUAUGUCAUGGGCUGAAGCCCAAAAGAGCUGCGAGAAACGAGGAGGAAAUCUUCUGAGACGCCUGAAUGAUGGGGUUCAGAACUUUUUACAGAGCAUGUCUGAAGGAUCUGGGAUGUAUUGGAUCGGUGAGGACUUGAAAAGACAAGAUCCCAUCAGUGAUAAAGAUAAAGAUAAAGGCAGUGACAUCAGUGGUCGAGGUAAUCUGGUUUGCACUUAUUUGGUAACCGAUCCAUUUCAUCUGGAGACCACACCCAACUGCAACAGGACCUUGGGCUCCCUUUGCACGCUAGAUACAAACUCACAUCUGGUGUCAAACAAAGGAAAACACAGGAGCCGCAGAGAUAUAACCAGUGCAUUAGGUGGUAUGGUGGACACAGCAACCUCCGUUAGUGUAUUUGUGCAGAGCAUGAUCGCAGUCCUGAACACUUUGGAAUUAUCUGUGGCAGACAUGACAACGGGACAACGGAUGCAAUAUCUGCGAACGAUAUAUACUUUUGUAAAAAAAUCCAACAGUCUACUGGAGACGGACAAGGCUAACUUAAUGAACGGCACUGCGGCCAUGUUGCUGUAUACGCAGGAGUGUAAUCUCGACAAUAUGGAUGAGUUUGAAGACAUGGUGGCUCUUGCUGGCCUCAUUUAUGUAACGAUCCAAGGUGGAUCCUUCACCCAGGAGCUGUCAACAGGCACCAUGUAUAUUGACAGAAAAGAUUCAUCACAAUUGGGUGGAUCUUCAGUCGGCGCAAAGAACGGCACGUACUGCCAGCUUCCUUCUUUUUCUGCCCUGUCAGGCCAAGUGUCUUCUGGACCCGUCGAUGUCCAGCUUUUUCAAUUCAAAGUGAAUCCAAUGGAGGAAAAAUCUAAUGAAACCAUCACAGGAUCGACAUGCAGCUUCUCUCUCCAGCAAAACGAUUCUGCGGUUAAACUAAAAGGACUUACACAGGACAUCGAGAUCUUUCUGCCCUAUCCUGAUGCCCCUGAUCCUGAUGUUGUUAAUGUCAACUGGAAAGUCGGAUAUGCCGUCACCACAUCCUUCAACAUCACAGACACAAACGUGACUGUGGUUGUUACGGCAACACCAAAUAAAAACUGCUCUCUCAAUUUUCAGCUCUACCCUCCCAAUGUGUCAAACAACAGCGUUAACUUCAGUGCUAUAAUAACUUCCCGAGAUAAUUACCGCUGGCUGAUCACCCCAGAGAUGAGAAGGGAAGGUUACGGCAACUGGAAGGUGUCAAUAUCACCAGUCAACUACACCUCAAACGAUCCCAUGAACAUGAAUGUCUCCGUUUUUGUGACCAAGUGUGUUUUUUGGGACACAAAUCUUACUCAAUGGAGUAGGGAGGGUUGCAAGGUGGGUAUCAAAACAAUGCCAAAACUAACUCAUUGCUUGUGCAACCACACGACGUUCUACGGAAGCUCCUUCUUCGUGAUGCCAAACACGGUGGAUCUGUCCAAGACGGCGGCUCUGUUCGCUACUGUGAAUGAGAAUUAUAUCGUGGUGGUCGUGCUCAGCUGUUUCUUUGCCCUUUAUCUGAUGGGCGUGAUGUGGGCCUGGUAUGCAGACCGCAAAGCUUACCAUACGCGGAAGAUGACCCUUCUUGAUGACAACCACCCAUGUGCUUCCUACAACUACCUUAUAACAGUUCAGACAGGUCACAGAAGAAAUGCUGGCACCACUGCUAAGAUCAAGGUGACCCUGACCUUUGAGGAUGGAAAGAGCGAGCCAUAUAACCUGUCUGAUUCUGACAAGCCGGUGUGUGAGAGAGGAGGGGUAGACAUGUUUUUGCUCAGUGUGCCCUUCUGUCUCGGUACACCGGAGAGCAUUGACAUAUCACAUGAUAACUCGGGGCCAAGCCCUGACUGGUACUUGGACAGAGUGACACUGCAGGAUUUACAGACACUGGAGGUCACACACUUUCUGUGCUCCACCUGGCUUAGAGGCGAAACCUGCAAGAGAACCUUCAACUCCGCCAAGACCGAUGAAGUCGCCAGCUUCGGUAACAUUUUCCAGACUCGGACAUCAUCCGGCUUCCGUGAUGAGCACAUCUGGGUGUCCAUCGUUGACCCGCCGCGCCAAAGCCCCUUCACCCGCGUACAGAGAGUUUCCUGCUGUAUGUCUCUAUUGCUCUGCACCAUGGCCAUUAACAUCGCCUUCUGGAAUCUUCCAACAGAUGCGGAGUCUCCUGUCAUCCUGAAGAUAGGAUCUUUCAGUCUGACCUGGCAACAGCUGAUGGUGGCUGUGGAAAGCGGUCUUUUCAUGUUCCCCAUCAACAUUCUCAUCAUCACCAUUUUCCGUCACAUCAAGCCACGAAUUCCUGAAAGCAAAGAAAGCGGCAAAGGCAAAACACCAGGCUUUGCCUCCGCGUCCAUGGACACCAUCAUUCAGGAAACUAUGGACCUGUUGAAUUACCUUAGCAAGAGCCCCAAAAACAUGAUGGGUAAAGAGCUGAAGACAGAGAGCAGCGGAGAUCUUUUCUGGGCUCUGAAUAAAGUGCACGACCUGAUCGAAAUGAUGACAGCGGAAGUUGUCGGAGAUCCUCACUGGUCACACUGCAGCCGUUUCGUCUUUUACUCAUUGAGUCACCUCAGUCGUUUGCUGGAUCAUGUUGGAGAGAAGGGAUGUUUCCUAAAUGAGGAGCUUCGGCAGGCGAGGGGAACGCUGAGUGUUUUGUUGAAGAAGGCUGAGAUGGCAUCUCUCAGGCACACUCCACAAGGACCCAUAUUUGUGCAGGAACCACAGAAGAAGAAGGGCUGGUGGUUGCCGUGGUGGUUUGUUUUCGUGGGAUGGGCUCUUCUUUUCAUCAUGAGCGGACUCUCUACUUUCUUUACUCUGUUGUACGGCUUCCAGUACGGGAGAGAGUCGUCCAUACAGUGGGUUGUAACCUUAACACUGUCUCUGGUCCAGAGCAUCUUCAUCCUGCAGCCUCUUAAGGUGUUAUUUGUGGCAAUCUUCUUUGCCAUGAUUCUGAGACCAGUUCCUGUGGAUUACAACGAAGAGGUUGAACUUCUCCUGAAAGAGCAAAAGCAAAAAUGUGAGGAAUACUCUGGAAGAUCAGUAUCCUGAAGAAAGAUCAUUGACUAAAGAGCCAUCAGACCGACUGGGAUUUUGAGUCUAGAUAUUGGUGUUGGGAGCAGCGUGUUGACCAAUUUCACGUUCACGUGAUUAUUUGGUUUCUCGCUGGAUCUUACAGUUUAAAUCCAUUUGUGUAGGCACACAUUUAUUUUUCAUGUAAGAGACUUUAUUUGUACAUAAUUUAUGUAUCAGAAUAGAGUAAAAUAUAUUGUCUAUAUGAUUUAAGUAUAUAAUGUACAAUGGCUUACUGGUUAACUGCUUUUAUGGUUUUGUCUUUAUUUUGGUACCCGAGGGAAGAAAGUUUAUCAAAUACUGUCAAUGAAAAUAUCACAAUUGUCAUUAUGAGUUUGAGUUUACACAAGAUUACUUUAAAACUAUGUCUAUGUUAAAGCAGACUAUAUUAACAGAGCUACAUUUGGGUGGUCAGUGUAAAUCUAGACAUAAUGUUUUUCUUUUAAUUAUUAGAGAUUAGAUGCUCAUAACACUUAAACAUAGUACUGCUGUCAUUUCUGAGCUUUGCUGAUAAACGCUAUAACAUCACUUUCAGUCCGUGUGACUUUUAGAAAGUUGCACUUAUCAAACAAACCCGUCAUUUAUUUUUGUUUACUUGUGUAAAACAAUCAAAUCAAAAACAUCAGAAUAUUCAAUGGAUAAAUACUCAUAAAUCCUUCAUGCAUAAAUGAAAUGUAUUUUGGCCUGUCUUAUAGAAAUAAACUUCAUUUAAACAUA